ACCUCUCUGCCAGCCAGACUAACCAGAAACACACAACAUGGAUCCAAACACGACAAUUCUUCGAGUCAAGAGAAAACGGGGAACCGACCCAGCAGACGCGUUGUUGCUGGCGUGUAAACGUAUCCGGCCAGAAUCGUCUCAAAGCACAGGCGAAACGGCACCGGAGCCCAACGAAGCCGAGGUGGAAAACUCGGUGUUCAAACUCGUGGCGACCGUAGCUACACAGGAUGCUCCUGUUCAGACACAGUUUCGACAGGCUUUGGCUCGGCCUCGCAUGGCCCAUGCAUUGCGCCCUUCUGCUGCCAGUUCACAACGGGUAAUUGGGGACCUACGGAGCACAAAAUGGAGCACCCGCAGGGAGGAACGCUAUCGAAUACUGACAAGCCACCGUACAGGCCUGUUAAACCAAGCUGAGCAACAAGCGCCCCAGACGGAUGCUCCAGAGACCACAGAGGGAACUGGGACAGAGACAGACAAAUGCUGGGGUCUUGGUGAAAUCCAGGUGGUGGAUCUCAUCCAUGAGGAUGUAGAGAACCAGGACAAACCUUCUGGCAAGACCCUGUCCUCAGACCCAGACGAGAUCCUGUGUAACAACACCAAGAUGCUGCGGGAGCAUCUGAGCAUAUCUGGAGAGAGAUUGGGAGAAGAGCACCAGGAGCAUGACGAGGACUACGUCUACGAUCUUUACUACCAGGAAACGGUCACACCAGGGUGGAUCCAGGACAUCCUGUCUGUCAGGGCCUACGCCGAUGAGGGAGAACUGGUUCCUGACCUUGUGGUUCAUGAAGAGGAGGUGUAUGAAGAUGAGGAUGAUGAGAAUGAGGAAGGCAACUGGCGGAAUGACUACCCUGAUGAGGAAAGUGAUGCUGACAGUGACAGAGAGGAGCGCUAUGGUGGUUACUGGGAGGAGGAACACUCAUACAGCAGGAGGAGCUGGCAGCGCUACCAGAGGGAAGUGUUGCAUGAGCUUGGCUGCCGUGGUGAAGACGACGACGACAACGAUGAUGACGGAGACAAAUAUGAUUCCGAUUGAUCUGCCCCUUACCCCACCCUGCUCAGUGGAUCUUCCCAGUGCCCUCUCAACAAAUAACCCCUAACUCUGCAGACCUCUGUGUAGCUGAGAGUGGAAGAAAAUAACUAACAGUGUAGCAUCUUACAUGUAGCACUCAUCAGACUUUACGAUCAUGUUCUAAUUUCAAGUAAAAUUAGGUAACAUCCUGACAAUGUCAGAUACAAUACCAUAUAUACAUAUAUUUUUUUAAAUGUGCCAAAGUAUUAAAAUGUUACUUGAGUCACAAAGCUUUGGGACCACAAAUUGUUUAGAAAAUUGCACACACACUAUCAAUCAGUCCAGCGCUUUGCUACACCGAUGGUGAAGGAGUUGUUGUUAUUUCUAAAAGGAUCCAGUGUCUUUUUCUUCUUCUUCUUUUGUUUUUUUAUUAUUAUUAUUACUGUGGUGUGAAUUUGUGCGUGGAUGUUUGUUCAGAGUCGACGUGUGUUAGAAAUGUUGCACAUUAGUGUGAUAUGCCUCGUAUGCUUUGUGCUGUUACCACAUGUUAGUGAGAUGUCUCGAGCCGCGUGUGGUUGCAAUGUAGGGUGUUUGCAUUUUGUGCAUGGUAGUGGGUGUAACUGUGUGUUAGAUUUUUGCAUACUGUGAAAGUGUGGUGCAUUAUUUUUGUUGUGGGUGUGUGAGUUUGUUUCAGAAUUUCCCCUUUGAAAGUUCAGAUUGUUUCUCUUGGAUGCUUGUUGAGAUAAACUUUUUUUUGUAAAUAUGUAGAUGUGUAUAAAAAGAAAGCUUUCAAAAUAAACACAAAACAUCAGUGUUAA